GGUCACGGCCACCACCAGUGACAGGGACACUGAGGAUCCACCAGCCAGGUCAGGGGCUCUGGGAAGGGACAUCCUGUCCCCACCCGCCAUCACGAUGUCCUCAUCCCCCACCAACGCCUCGUCGCCACCCAACGCCACAUUCGUCCCUGUCCCUGGCGCAGCGGUGGGGCUGACCCUGCUGUCAGUAGCAGUGGCCGUGGGGCUGCCAGGCAACGCCCUGGUCCUCUGGAGCUGUGCCAUCGCUCACCGUCGCAGCGUCCCCGUCCUCCUCCUCUUCCACUUGGCCUUGGCCGAUGUGGUCACCCUCCUCACUGGUCCCAUUUACCUCCGGGCCUUGAGCGUUGGCCAAUGGAACAUGGGCUUGGCCGUCUGCCGCGCGUGUCAUUACCUCUGUGCCGCUGCCAUGUACGUCAGCGUCUUCCUCAUCGCUCUUCUGGGUCUCCAUCGAUGCCUGGCGGUCUCCAAGCCAUCAACGGUGGUGGUGACGGCCAGUGGGCGCGCCGGACAGUUGGCUCAUGGAGCAGCGGCAGUGACUUGGUUGGUGGCUUCGGUGUUGGCCAUCCCAUCCAUUGUCUUCCGACAGGUGGCAGAUGGACAC